UAAUGUAAGAAGUCAUAUUAACAAACGAUGCAAAAGCAAAAAUACUUCAUGAUUACUUAUCUCAAACAUAUGUUCCAUAACUUAGUGAUCAUCUUUUUAAAACAGAUGAAUAUUUAAAGAAAGAAUAAGAAGAUUUUGAAAAGUCAUUUUUAUUUUCUAUUUUAGGAUUAUUAAUUAAAGUGAUGAAUUAACAGAAGAGUUAGUUGAAAAAAAAACAAUAAUUAGUAGAACUGUUAAAUAACUAAUUGAUAAAAUAUAAUCUGAAUAAGUAAAUUUCAUAUUGAUAAAAAAGGAAAAACUCAAAAAAAGUGAAACAUAUAAAAAAGGUAAGAAAGAUGAAUUAACUGCUAUUCAAAAAGCUAUAGAUUCUAUUUCUAGUGCAAUGAAAGAGACUUGUUCAAAAGUAAUUUCUUAAAUAUCCUUAUACAGAUUGAUUCUAAAGAGUUAAAUAAGAUAGGAUAAUUACCUUAAGGAAUGGAUUAAUUCAUGUCAAAAUUGUUUCAUAUUAUUUAUAAUGAAGACCAAAGUAAAUUCAACUGGGCUGAUUUCAAAAAGAAAGUGUAAGAAUAUUUAUUAAUUAAAUUUUAGCUUUGAUUAAGAUAAAGGGGCUGACUUUUAAAGUAGAUUAGCUAACUUUUAAUUUAAGGGUGUAAGUUAAGAAAAAGAAAACUUAUUACUUGAGAUGAAGGCAGAUCCAUAAUUUUAAAAAGUCUUUUAAGAUCCUUAAUAUACAAAAGCAUUCUUAGAUAUAGCUGAUUGGGUAUAUAUAUAUAUCAAGAUAAUUAAAAUAGAUUCACUUUGCUGUUUCAGGUAUUGAAAAUUAAAGAAAGAAGGAUUAAUCAGCAGUAGAAUUUGAAAGAAUUGACAAAGAAUUUGCAGGUAGAAAGGUUGAAUUAGAAAGUUAUUAAAGAACUCAUGUAUAUAUUCAUGAUCAUCAAUAGGACUUUUGGGUUUCAUAGCUUAAAUAUGUAGAGGAUUAAUAAGUGCUAUUGCAUUAAUUGUAACCAAAUAUUAAGCAAGUUGCUUAAGAAAUUUAAGGUAGCAAAGGAUUGUUAGAAUAACAUAUUGGUAAAUUCAUUCAGGGAGCUGAGAAAGUUAAUGAAUUAAUGCAUCCAAACAUUUGAUAGU